AUGGUGGCGAUAUCGCUGUACAGAGGGAAUUUACACAACGUAGCGGACGUACCACGUCGAUGGCUAAUGCCUACUCCCAAAAUUUCUCUCAAAGAUUUCAAAUCCCUUUUCCACCGCCGUUCCAAAGCCCUCUCUUGCCUCCGCUCCACCACCACCUCAAACCCUAAUUCAAAUCACAACGAGAAACCCCCAUUUGAACCUAAUUUGGAACCAGUACAAGAAGAGAUUACUACAAAUAAUAAUGGUAAAGAAGAAGAAGAGGAAGAAGAUUUUAAAGGUGGAGGAGCUUCUAGUUCUAGGGAGGAUGUCAAAGAUGAUGGAGGGUUGGACGGCGCUGAUUGCUCCUUGAAGCCCGCUGGUGAUGCAGUUAAUGGUGGCGAUCCGAAUGCAAGUAAUUUGCAAAAACCUGACGACUUAGUUAACCCUAAUAUUGAGACGAUGAGUAAUGCAAAUGAGUUAGACAAAAAAGAGAAUAGGAAAAGAGAAAUCGAGGACAAGUUACAAGUUCUAAAUGCAAAGAAGCAUAGCCUUGUACAAGCGUUGAAGCAGAUCUUGAAUGUGGAGGAAGAAUUAAAGAGGAGAAAUGGUACCCAAGGAAUGGCGGUUCGCCCUUCUGUUCAACUUCAAGUGGAUGUAUCAAAUGACUCAGGGUCGAUGACUAGGCAUCCUACUCCUAGGAUUGGCGCUGAGGCAAAUCCUGGUGGUGAUAUAGAAGGGGGAGAAGCUGAAGAUAUUUCAAAUCAUAACACACACUCUCGUCAUAUAUAUAGAAUGAGCAGUACUUCUCCUUCUCCCUCAUCAGAGUCUCCUCUUAGAAGGCCUUCCUAUAUUCAGCACAAUGUGGUUCCACACUCCUCUCGAUCUGGUUUGGGAACUUCUGGUAGUCCAUCACGGUUUGCUCCAAUGGGGAACCAUGGACAUCCUGCAAACCUCCCUACAAUGGCUGUCUCAGGUACAAAUUAUGUCGCAUCCUCUCCCUCCCCAGCAGCAUCUGGUGGUACUUCAGCUUUUAAAGAUGCUAGGCAUCCAAGUCCUUGGAAUUAG